AUGCAUUGUGGUUCAAGCAAUACAAAUGACUCAAGCAGCAGUCACUUUCAGAAAAUGCAAAGAACAGAUGAUAAGCUACGCUUGGCCAUUCUCGAUUUUGAAGUUUUUGAUUGCAUUAUUUGUAUUGAGCCACUCACUGCUCCAAUAUUCCAGUGUGAUAAAGGCCAUCUGGUUUGCUCUUCUUGCUGCCAUAAAUUCAGGAACAAAUGUACUCUUUGUAAUUUGCCUACUGGCGGCAAAAAAUGUAGAACUGUGGAAAAAGUUAUUGAAUCAAUUGGUAUCCCAUGCUCCGUGCUAGGUUGUGCCAAAAAUGUAUGUUAUGGAGAAAUAUCAGACCAUGAAAGAGAAUGCAUAUUCCCUUUAUGUGCAUGCCCGGUACCAGACUGCAAGUACACUGCCUCAUACAAGGAUGUCUACGUUCACUAUAACUUUGUCCACCAGAAAAUUUCCAGCUUCGAAAGAUGUAUGCUCGAUAUUUUCACAUCUGGCAUAUCUUUUAUUAUCGAGUUGAACAUCAACGCCAAGGUAUCAAUUAUGAGGGAACAUGAGAAGAGUUUAUUGUUUGCAUUUCAGUGUUUCAGAAAGCUGUAUGGUGUGUAUGUAACUGUAUGUUGCAUUGCACCAUCUUCUCCAGAAGUCGAAGAGUUCUCAUACGAUCUUUCUUACGAUGUGGGUGGACAAACUAUGAUUCACAAAUCACUAAAAGUGAAAAGGAUUCGUCAAUUGAGUCUUCAGAUCCCUCAAGACAAUUUUAUGUUGAUCCCUCAAAAUUUAUUACAUGGUGUACGGUUAAAUAUAGAGGUUUCUAUCAAAAGGAUGGACUAA